AUGAAUGUUAAAGCCAGCACGGAAAUCGACUCGCUUCCGGAUCUUCUGGUGUUUAUCAAAGAAACUUCGAAUCCAAAAGUCUUGCGCGAUGCAGUGGCACGAUUUCUACAAAAUCCUUUGUUAUCAGAUAAUGAUCGUGAGUUGGUUAAGAAAAAAGUACGCGAGAAGGUCGAGGAAGAGAAGAGGAAAAAGAUGGAGUCAAAAAAGUCAACCAUGGACCCUAACGUCUCCGUGCCAUCUGCCUCUUCUUCACAGCAUCCCAUAGAGGAGCGUCCUCCCACUUCGCUUCCUGCGACUACGCCCAUAAAAGAGCCUCCGUCUUCGCUUUCUUCAGCCGCACCUAUAGAGAAGCCUUCUGCUUCACUUCCUCCGACCACAUCUGCAGAUUGCAGCAGGAAAAGUAGUAAAGAUGGAGAGGCACACCAGAAUUAUUACGAGUCUUCGCUCAUCCGUUUACAUCCCAAUAAACUUUCGCAUCUCCUAAGAAGACAUCAGAGCCUUCAACAGAAUAAACCACAAGGCAAUUAUCAAGGUUCCUUGCUAGAAAAAUUGAAGAAACUAAACAAUUUGGACGGUUCUAACGAUGAACCUGAACCUGAGGUCAAGUUCGAUGAAUGGGUUCCUUGGCCUUCCAAGAAAGAUCGACUGGUUUCACCUCGAAAGUACGUAUUUUCAGGAGAGAGCGGGCCGUCGCAAGAACAGCAGGAUGUAACGGUCAAUAGCCUUAAUCACGAUCAACAAGCUCCAGCAGUCCAACAGGUCCUGAACGACGUCAACUCCCUUUCGGCACCACCGCCAAUGUUUCAGGUCCUAACUCCAGCUGGUCCACAAGUUUGUCAACUUCCACCUCCGGGCGUUAUUUCUACGCCCGUGCUUGGCAACCACUUAUUUGCCGGCUUUGCACCAGAAGCUCCGGUUUGCCCGGCAUCUUACGUUUUCUCUGAGAGGGAUCGCAUCCCACACACGCCCACACCACGUACGUUUAUUUCCAGAGACACUUUUUUAAUUCAAUAUUGUUACGCUCGUGUAUUUUGA